UUUUGCUUCUCAGCUUCUCACCCAAAUAUGUCGCGCGAUAAGGAGGUUAGAGCCCAUGAGGCUGCUCUUGAGUCUACGGAUCAGGAUGACUGGGAUAUGCAGCGCCUCGGCAAGGUCCAGCAAUUAAAGAGAAAUUUCCGAUUUUACUCGAUCCUGGGGUUCACGACGACGUUGAUGGCUACUUGGGAGUCAAUCUUGCUGACCGCUACCUAUGGCCUGACUGACGGCGGUCGCGCCGGCAUGAUUUAUGUCUACAUUGGCUCCUUUGUUGGAUUCUUUGCCGCGGUCAUUUCGAUGGCAGAGAUUUCUUCUGUGUCACCGACAUCUGCUGGUCAAUACCACUGGGUCAGCGAAUUUGGCCCUCCAAGAGCGCAACGGUUCUUGAGCUACCUCACUGGAUGGUUGUCAGUGCUGGGCUGGCAAGCUGCUUUUGCUAGUAUCUGCUUCUUGUGUGGUACUCUGAUCCAGGGACUGCUUGUCUUCAACUACUCCGGCGACACCGGCUACGUAUACGACUUCCACCGCUGGCACGGGACUCUUCUGACGAUCGCCAUUGCGGCAGUUGGAACGCUCAUCAACACCUAUGGUGCGAAGUUCCUGCCCUCUCUCGAAGGUGUCAUCUUGUUCCUUCACCUGGGUGGAUUUGUCGCAGUUUUGGCAACAAUGUGGGGAAUGUCAUCGGGCAAGGCCCCCAACGAGGUUGUCUGGAAAGAAUUCUCAAACUCGGGUGGAUGGUCCAGUAUGGGCCUGGCCUGUCUGGUGGGCCAGUUGACCCCGAUCUUCUCGUGGACCGGACCCGACGCUGCGACUCACAUGGCCGAGGAAGUUCAAAAUGCCUCCUUUGUCAUUCCUUGGUGUAUGGUCUCCACUGCCUUGGUCAAUGGUGGUCUGGGAUUUAUUAUUUUGGUGACUCUCCUAUACACCAUGGGACCCAUUGCCGACGUUCUUUCUCCAGCGAGCGGCUUCUCGUUCAUCCCCGCCGUUCAGCACGCCACUGGAUCUGUGGCAGCUACCAAUGGCGUGGCGGCCAUCAUCCUUGUGAUGGAAGUUUGCAGCGCCAUCAGUAUUCUCGCCACAGCCUCUCGACAGACCUUCGCCUUUGCCCGCGACAAUGCGCUGCCAUUCUCCAAGUCCCUGUCGCACGUCAACAGCCGAACCCAGGUUCCUGUCACGUCCGUGUUGGUUUCCACCAUCAUUACGGUCUUGCUCAGCUUGAUCAACAUCGGAUCCACCGCCGCCUUUAACGCCGUUGCAUCAGUGAUGAUCGCCGCACUGUUCACCACCUACAUUCUUUCCAUCUUGGCCUUCAUUCGAGCUCGGCGCCUUCCAGGCGGCAUUCCACCUUCUCGUUUCUCACUCGGUCGGUUUGGAAUGCCCAUCAAUGUGUUUGCAGUUGCUUGGCUUUGCUUUUCGAUCAUUUUCACCUUCUUCCCCACUGCCAACAACCCGACCCCUGUUGAUAUGAACUGGUCGAUCCUAGUGUUCGGCGUUGUCAUCAUCUUUGCCAUUGUGCAAUACUUCGUCCACGGCUCUCGCAUAUACGAAGCGCCUGUCACACAAGUGCGCAAGACCGAUUAA